AUGGAGACAUGUAGCGUUGGAGAAGUUACGCAUAGUGAUUGUCAUUUGUUGAGUUUUGUCAAGAAAAAGGACACAAAGAGUACUAAAAACCUCUCUGAAUCUGAGUUAACUUUAUUGAAAUUAAGAACAGGUGCAAGCAAUGAGUUAAAAACUAUUUGUCUUCAUCAUCAAUGUGUGUAUUUGCAAAAGUAUGAAUUUUUACAAAAGUGUUGUUGUGAUCCUUUUGAAAGACACAAAUCUUCAAUUCAGAAAGGACUUCGCAUUGUAACUUUAGAACUAAGUAGGACUAUUUCAGCAAAAGGAUUUCAAGUGAAACCAGGACAGAAGCUUUGUGCGAAUUGCAGGAACAAGUUUUCUCAGUUGAAUGAAUUUUCUGACGAUAUUGAAAAAACCAGUGAAAGCAGAAAUUCCUCAGAAGAAGAAGAUGAUGGAUUGAAUCUUAACGAGUUAAAAAAAUUACAAAAAAAAAAGACAAAUCGAGGAACUGAAUUCUUCUUUGCAUGA